UGCGCGGAGGAGCUGCUCGGAAUCCGCACGCGCAAACCGUCUAUCUGCGCCCGCGCAGAACUGGCCUAGGCGCCUGGGGUGUACGAUGGGCGGUGACGUUAAUGUAAACGUCAUAGAGCGAGCGCCGCGCACUCACGCACGCCGAAGGGAAACGUCGAGUUCCGGGUGUUCAGGUCGACCCCAAAUUGGGGGAAGGGUGGUGCUCUCGGUAUCGGAGUGGGCGGAGGGGCGUGAGGAAAGUCCUACGGUGGCCGCAGAGGACGGCGCUACGGCUCCCACGCUGGGCCAAACGCCGCCGGCCAUCGGCCGCCAGAGCCCCUGGCCCUUCGGGGCAGGUGGGGACCGGUGAGGCACCGAGCUUCGUAGCCACCGCGCCGUCGGCACAAUGCGGCUGCCCUACUCCUGGAGCCCCGAGGGACAGGGGGGCCGCAGGCCGGGACGCCGGCGCGGAGAGGGCACCCGGCCCACGCCUCCCCCGGGGCUCAGUGGCGGGCUCCCGGGCCUAGGUGCCAUGACGCUGACUGCCCACGGACGCCGCCUCUGCCGCGAGGCUAGCGCCGCCGCCCAGGCCCCAAUGCCGGUCAUGCCCAUCCCGCGGCGGGUGCGCUCCUUCCACGGCCCGCACACCACCUGCCUGCACGCGGCCUGCGGGCCCGCACGCACCUCCCGCCUGGCGCGCACCAAGUACAACAACUUCGACGUGUACGUGCGGGCGCGCUGGCUGUACGGCUUCAUCCGCUUCCUGCUCUACUUCAGCUGCAGCCUCUUCACGGCGGCGCUGUGGGGCGCGCUGGCCGCCCUCUUCUGCCUGCAGUACGUGGGCGUGCGCGUCCUGCUGCGCUUCCAGCUCAAGCUGUCGGUGCUGCUGCUGCUGCUGGGCCGCCGGCGCGUGGACUUCCGCCUGCUCAACGAGCUGCUGGUCUACGGCAUCCACGUGACCAUGCUGCUGGUCGGGGGCCUGGGCUGGUGCUUCAUGGUCUUCGUGGACAUGUGAGCGCCCUGCGGCCUGCUCCGGGCUUGGUUCCCGGGGCCUGUGGGGUCGACGCCUGCGGCGGGGGUCUCUUCUUGAAGGGGGUCGGUCGGGGCCCUGUCCGCCACGCUUCAUCCUGCAGACAGGUCUCUGCCCAGGCGAGGAGCAGGCUGAGACUUCUGUGAGGGGGGCGCCGCGCCCUCCCACCCACCCGGUUUCCCCCCUGCAUCUGCUGUGUGCGCCCAGGUGCAGCGACAUCCUGGCCACCUCCCUGUGCUUCCAGCCUGCACUUUUCCAGGCCGUGCUGUGUCCCUGGCCGUUCGCCAGGACACUGGCGCGGUGUGCGGCCCAGGGGCAGACCUGGAGGGGUCCUCCCUGCCGUGCGCCCCGUCCCCGCCCCCACCCCCGCCCCAGGGGAGCGGCAGGCUCCAUUCGCCACACUGCCACCGAGCCGCUCACUCCGCCCUGGGCCGCCCUGGUCCUGGCACAGCCCACAGGCCCCCAUCCGCCCGGCACCCCGAGACGUCAGGGGCUGUGAGUCCCAGGCCGGUCCUCAGGGUCACUUCGGUGUGUGCAGGCGCAGUCUGCCAGGCACCAUGGCCUCUGUGGGUCCAGCCCAGGGCGGGCUGUCUUCCUCCUGGGCGGGGCUGAAUGGGGGUUUCUGGGAAGGCAGCGCAGUGCUUCCUGGCUUUGGGGGUGCUUUUGGUCUCUGUUUCCUGGGAGGGACACCCAGAGGUCAAAGGUGGUGGCGGCGCUCUGAGCGUGCUCCACGAGACCUGGGCAGACCCUGCGUGUCAGAGCACCUCCCAGAGUCCAGGCUGCGGCCCGGGGCCGGGUUUCCAAGCUUGGGGCUCAGCUGCCCCGCUGCUCCGCCUUGGCAGCUGUUGGCGUGAAAAGCA